CCCGGGCUUUGGCCGCCGGCGCGGCCGACAACAGUCCACACCCCGAGCCGAGCGGCGGACCAGCAAGAGCCGUUCCGCAUACGGCCGGGGCGCAUCGCCGGCCCCCAUCCGCUUCCCUCCCGGCAAUUUCAAGCACUCUUUGACUCUCUUUUCAAAGUCCUUUUCAUCUUUCCCUCGCGGUACCUGUUUGCUAUCGGUCUCUCGCCUGUAUUUAGCCUUGGACGGAGUCUACCGCCCGAUUUGGGCUGCAUUCCCAAACAACCCGACUCGUUGACGGCGCCUCGUGGGGCGACAGGGUCCGGGCCGGACGGGGCUCUCACCCUCCCAGGCGCCCGUUUCCAGGGGACUUGGGCCCGGUCCGUCGCUGAGGACACCUCUCCAGACUACAAUUCGGACGGCACAGCCGCCCGUUUCUCAAGCUGGGCUGCUCCCGGUUCGCUCGCCGUUACUAGGGGAAUCCUUCUAAGUUUCUUCUCCUCCGCUUAUUUAUAUGCUUAAACUCAGCGGGUAGUCCCGCCUGACCUGGGGUCGCGGUCGAAGCGACGUGCGCUUCGUUUGCUGGGUCAUUCUGAGGCCAUAAUGUCGGCUGCGCGUCGGAUGCACUGCGUUGAUAAAGCGAGGACGCCCACCAUGCGCUGUGUCCGGCGCGGUACACCGGCAGCCCGAUCUUCGGUCCACCGCCCCUUGCGAGACGAGGGACCAGAUGCCGCAUCCCGAUUCCCGAUGAGGGUGGUUGGGAGCGUGUUUUGGCGUGA